AUGUCACUUAUUUCCAACGCAUUCUGUGCUAAUAACAAUGCCCCCAACAAUGUACGUGGUCGUGGACGUGGAGGCAGACGUGGACGUGGCAGACGCGCUGGCACUUUUGUGUUUGUUGUCGAUCCUACCGUUCAGCAAAACACCAUUCCUGUUAACAACGGCAACACCGAAGCUGACAAUAACGCCAACGUUGAUGAUGACGAUGAGCCUGAACAAUUAUCUUCACGGUCCUACAAUGUAUGGUCUGAUGUAGCUAUUUGUAUCCUCCUCGAAAUUAUGGCUGGUACCUACAGCUACUUGCUGAGAAGAAGCGAUACUGCCUUAAAGCAGCUUAUCUGGGUACAUUCGGCUGCUUUGCUGAAGGAAAAGUUAGCUGAGAAUGCUACCACUGAUGUAAUCACGGCUUUUUUGACAAACUAUAGUGGGACAAGCAUGCAAAGAAAGUGGGCAGAUAUGAAGCAGCGUUUUACCAGAGAAAUUGCUACGAUUACUCAGGAUAAUCCCAGCAUCCAACCUGAAGUGAUUUACGAAAGCAUCAACAUGCAAGAGAGUGGUAUUCGGUCUUACAGACGAUUUAACGACGCCAAUUUGAUGAAUGCUAUUGGAUCCGAUGUCCCUGAAACAACAUACUUGGGACCUACAGAAGUUGAUCAACUUGUAAUUCAGAAAGCAUUUGCUGAUCGAUAUCCUGCUAGAGAUUCUACCAACAACGAAGGACCUGCAGUGCCAUCAUUUUUUGAAUCAGCAUCCGCACCUCCCCCACCAACAACAGCACCAGCACCAGCACCAACACCAGCAACAGCAUCAACACCAACACCCACACCAACACCAACAGCCGUACCAACCUCAACACCAACAACCGAACCACCAACACCAACACCAACACCUACAUCAGCAUCCGCAGCACCACCAACAUCGACAGGCGCAACACCUCCACCACCACCUUCAUCCACACCUCCACCUCCAUAUACAUCCGCCCCACCUCCACCUCCACCUCCAUAUACAUCCGCACCACCUCCACCUCCACCUCCAUAUACAUCCGCACAACCUCCACCUCCACCUUCAUCUGCACCACCUCCACCAAGAUCUACCCGUACAUCGAGAAAUAGUCGAACUUCUGGUGAGCAGUCUUCAUCAACUGAUCCUAUUGAAGCUGCUCGUCAGCUGUCAGACGAGCAUAUGGCACGUGCCCGCCAACUUCGUGUAGAGAUGAUGGAUCGCAUGGCAGCAUCACAAAGGGAAGAUCGAGAACAAAGACUUCUCGAUGUUGAUAACAUGUUGCAACGUAUCAGUCGUAAUCGACAAAUUGCACUGGAAGAUAUGCAAGCAAGACGGCGACAAGAGACCAGAGAGAGAUACCGUAUGUUCGAAGAAGUAAGAAGUAGACGAGAGGCUGACAUGGAAGAGCAUAGACGUAGACGUAUGUCUGAUAUGGAGACUAUCCUGAAUAGAUUCGCAGCCAUUCGAAGAGGUGAUAGUGAUACCAAUCUUAAUGGUACAUCUUCUACUGACAACAAUAAUUAA